AUGUACUGCAAACAUCUUCAAAGCAUCAGUAUCCUGUUCGAGGGGCGCCUUCUACAAGGCUCAGCGAAGGCAGCACUUCGCCAGCCAAGGCCGACCGUUCGCUAUGGACAAAUAACACGGAGACCUGCGGCCAACGAAGCUGGAGAGCGCAAGACUGGUCAUAUCUCCAUCGGCCAUAACGAGGGCAUCCUAUUCUUCAACAGUCUCUUACCAUUCAAUCUACAAUGGGCAUAUCGCGCAUUAUGGAGCCUCCAGCGGAGAUCCCCAAUCCUGCGGUACGAAGCGAAGAUGGAGGACGUGGGAGCAGUAUCACCAGCGAAGGUUGUUGAGAGUGCGACGAAGGACGGAAGUCUCGGUCAAAUCGAGGUGGUUGAGAUUUUGCCGCGCCUCAAAGAAGGCGGCGCGUUCGUGAAGUUCCGCCACGAUGCCAAUGUCGACAACCAGACCGUGUCUGAGGCCGUCCGAUCACAACUCAAACAGAACCCUAUACGGCCCUGGUGGAACCCUCUGUCGCAUGUCUCCGUCAGACUCGUGAUCGGGAAGCCUUGGAUAGAGGAUCUGUUCCGGUUUCCGUCGCAGCGGCUGAUGGUCGAGUUCUUGCCUGCGUAUCCCGGGAUUGAGGCUGCGGAGCUUAGCCAGGAGCAGCUUUACAGCCUCUUUAGACCGUAUGGCAGACUCUCGGAAGUGGUGAAGCAGCCUUCCGAUUCCAAGGUGUCUCCUCGGUACGCAUAUCUAGACUACUCGCGGCCACGCAAGGCGGUCAUGGCGAAGAACUGCCUGCAUGGGUAUCAAGUACCUCAUGAUCAGGGCGGCGGAAGUCAUGGGACUGUUCUUCGCAUCACCUACGCCAAGAAGGAAAGGUUCGGCUUCAUCAAGGACUGGAUACUCAAUCACCCUCGGAUUUUCUUCCCGCUCCUCGCUGCGCUCAUAGCAGGUAUCUCCAUCGUCAUCUUCGACCCGCUGAGGACGCUCUCCAUCCGCGCACACAUUUCAAGAGCAUUCCACAUCGAGGACAACACCGUCUUCCGAUGGUUCCGGCGGCAGAGCGAGGACUUGAUCAACCGCGUGAAGCAACUGAGCGGCCGUGAUGCUUCGGAAGGCGGGAUGCGGGUGCUGUGGGACGAUCGAAAGAACGAGAUUGACCAGAUCAGAGCUUGGUUGAUGGAAAGCACCGACACGUUCAUCGUCGUGCAAGGGCCUCGAGGUAGCGGCAAGAGGGAAUUGGUGGUUGAUCAUGCCCUUGCGCAUAAGCAGGAAGCUCAUAGGCUUUUGGUCUUCGACUGCAAGCCCGUUCAAGAGGCCCGUGGCGACGCGAAUACCAUUGCAGCAGCGGCGAACCAAGUUGGGUACAGGCCAGUCUUCUCUUGGAUUAAUAACAUUUCUGGGCUCCUGGAUCUGGCUGCGCAGGGCGUCACUGGCAUGAAGGCUGGGUUCUCGGAGACAUUGGAAACCCAGCUCGUUAAGAUCUACACCAACACUGCGGCAGCUUUGAAGCAGAUUGCGCUUGAGGACCGAAGGAAGGAUGACAAAGAUGCUAACUUGGGUGACGACGAGUAUCUUGAACAACACCCCGAACGCCGGCCAGUGGUCGUCAUCGACAACUUCCUGCACAAGAACAGCGAACCGGGCGCACAGAUGGUGUACGAUAAGCUGGCAGAAUGGGCGGCCCAGCUGACUACCUCGAACAUCGCUCAUGUUGUCUUCCUAACGAACGACAUCAGCUUCACCAAGAGUCUGAGCAAGGCAUUGCCGGAUCGUGUCUUCCGCCAGAUCACACUCGCAGACUGCUCGCCGGAGGUCGCCAAACGCUACGUGAUCAACCACCUAGACUUCGAUGCAGAGCCUUCAAAGACCAAGAAGGACGACGACGGCAACGAGGAAGAGGUCCCAGAGCUCACCCCCAGCCAGAAACGACAGGACCUCAGCGAGCUGGACAUGGUCAUUGGCCAACUCGGCGGCAGACUAACCGACCUCGAGUUCCUCGCACGCCGCAUAAAAGCAGGCGAGACACCCACGAAAGCCGUCAAAGAAAUCAUCGACCAAUCCUCCUCGGAAAUCCUAAAAAUGUUCCUCAUGUCCGGCGCCGAAGACCGCAAAUGGUCCUCUCAACAAGCCUGGACCUUGAUCCGCAAACUCGCCGAAAAAGAAAUGAUCCCCUACAACGAAGCCGUCAUGGCCACGCCCUUUAGCAGCGAGAGCGACAAAGCCCUCGCGGCCCUCGAGCAGGCGGAGCUGAUCUCCGUGCAGUCGGUUAACGGCCGGCCGUACAGCGUGAAGCCCGGCAAACCUGUCUACCAACCCGCGUUCAAGCAGCUGGUCGAGGAUCGGGUGUUGGCGGCGAAGAUGGAUUUGGCGUUGUUGGGGGACGCGAUCAAGGGGGAGAAUCAGACGAUUGAGAAGUGUGAGCAGGAGUUGCAUUUGCUGGGGGAGCUGCCGAAGCAGCCGGGGGAGUUGGCGGGGAGGGUGGAGUAUUUGCUGGCGAAGGUGAGGAAGAGUCAUGUGGCGAUUGAUGGGUUUGAGAGGGAGACGACAAACUUGAAGAAGAUAUUGACGACGGAGUAUUGA